GGAUACGUGAGCGUGACGCAAGCGCUUCUCCCGCUAUUACUCGCCAGCGCGAAAACCGGCAGAGAGGCGGUGAUUGUGAAUAAAACGUCGAUCUUGUCAGUGAUGCGCACACCCUUCCAUGCCGCGUACUCUGCUUCCAAGGUGGCAGUGGCCAUGUUCAAUUACAUCUAG